UAUUUCUGUGGACUCUUGACGCUGGGAGCAACUUCCGGUCCGUGCUCAAGCCUGCUAGUUUUCGUUUCAUGUGCCGUCUGAGGAAGGACGUGUUUUCAAAUACCACACUCUAAACGGCAAUUGCCAAUGGCAGAUGAGAUGGAAGAUGAGCUUGCUGACCUGCAGGCAGGGCAGGUGGAAGACGAGGAAGAAGAAUCUGAUGAACAGGAUGAAGAGGAAGAGUUUGACUGGGAGGAGGAAGAGGAAGAAGAGGAGGAGGAGCAGCAGCUGCAGGGCCCAGAGUUAUCCCCCAAUGACGAUGCCUUUGAGAUGGACACACCAGCAGAGCGCAGUGGCCAUAUUGCAGUGGUUGAUGGGAACUAUAUGUAUGUGUGGGGGGGAUACAAGAACACUCGGACCACAGGAUUCUUUGACUUCUACCUGCCCAGGAACGAAAUCUGGACGUACAACACAGAGACAGGAAGAUGGAAGAAGCGUAUGACGGAAAGGGAUGUCCCCCCCUCCAUGUCGGGCAGCUGUGGCGUGUGUGUGGAGGGCGUCCUCUACCUGUUUGGGGGUCACCACUCCCGGGGGAACACCAACCGGUUCUAUCGGCUCCCCCUGAGGACAACAGGGGCUCUGCGCUGGGAGAAGAUGAGGGACCUGAAGGGGCUGCCCCCCUCCUGCAAGGACAAGCUGGGCUGCUGGGUGCACAAGAACAGGCUCGUGUUUUUCGGAGGAUAUGGCUAUGCUGCUCAAGGAAAUCAUCUUGGGACGUUCGAGUAUGACGAGACUUCAUUCUGGGCGAACAGUGCUGGGCGGGGCUGGAACAACCACAUCCACAUCCUGGACCUGGAGACCUUUGUUUGGAGUCAGCCAGUCACAAAGGGAAACGCCCCGUCUCCAAGGGCAGCCCACGCCUGCGCAGCCAUGGGCAACCGGGGAUACGUGUUUGGCGGCCGCUACAGGGAGCACCGCUUGAAUGACCUGUACUACAUAAACAUGGACACCUGGGAGUGGAAUGAAAUGAGCGUCCCCCAGCACGGUCCCGUGGGCCGCUCCUGGCACUCUUUUAUCCCUGUGUCGUCAGACAGCAUCUUCCUGUUUGGGGGCUUCACCACAGACAAACAGACGCUCAGUGAUGCCUGGCUCUACUGUGUCAGCAAGAAUGAGUGGAGGCCCUUCAAACACAACAAUACAGAGAGCCCCAGGCUGUGGCACACAGCCUGCCCAGGGCCUGAGGGGGAGGUGUUUGUAUUUGGGGGCUGUGCCAACAACCUUCUGUCCCACCAGAGGGCGGCUCACAGCAAUGAAAUCCUGGUUUUCCAUGUGCAGCCUAAGUCACUUGUACGGCUCUGCAUGGAGGUGGCGCUGCAGCACCGGGAGCAACUGGCGGGCUCCUGGGACUUCCUGCCCAAACACCUGCUACACAGCCUGUCCCAGAGGCUGGCAGGCAUCAACACGCUGGGCUCCUAGGCCUGACUG